AUGAAAAAAAAAAAAAAAACAAGCAAGGCGGAAGCCAAGAGCUCAGCCGAAGGGGAACUACAAAUAUGUGAGUGGGAGCUGCAGAUAAAUGAAGGAUGGCGACAAGUAAGCGAGGGAAAGCAGAAGAUAAAUGAGGGGAUGCAACAAAUAAGUGAAGGGCAACGAAAGAUAAGUGAAGGGAAGAGGAAAAUUAUAGAGAAGAAACAAUCAAUAGGUGUCCUGGACAACACGACAGAUGGCAAGGAUCAACUAGAAGGUGUAAAAAAUGAGCAAAGAGACAAAAGCCCCAACUUGAAGACAGACAUAAAAGUGAAUUCCUCAGCGGUUGGUACGACCGAAGGGGAAAAUUGGAAUAACAGAAAAAGGGAUGAUGCAAGAGGUUACAUGUUAAAUGCCACAAAUGUGGAGAGAAGCCCAGACGGAGUGGAGAGGGAAGCCAAAGGGUUAAUAUUCCCUUCAGAUAUCAAGUUAAUAUAUGCAAGCAUAACCACAACGGAUAGAGGGAAAACUCCAAAUGUACAGAAAAAAGUUACCGCACUGCUUAGCAAAAACUUAUAUGACGUAUUGAUACUUUAUUAUGAAAUGCACUUUUACAACAACAUCGAUUCGUUCCAAGUCGAUGUAAACAUGUACGAAAUUUACAACGACUUGAUCUGCCUGAUAGACGAACUGUAUAGCAUGUAUAUUAUCGAGUCGGAGAAGAAGAGCUCCUACAUAUAUGAGGAUAUGGCGGAGAAAUAUCUUAGUACAGAAUUGUCCGGGGGAUGGACAGAAAGGACUCAGGAAGAGCUCCUGCAGGAGUACUACAUUUUGAAGGGGGAGAGGAACACUCUGUUCAUAAAUUUCAAGCUAAUGAAGAUGGUGUAUUUAUCUGCCGUAUUCGACUUGGAGUUUUUCGGCGAUGUUUGCCAGGAGAACGUUUUCCUCUCGGAGGGAGGCCCCAUUAGCGGAGAUAGCGCAGAUAAAGGCUUUGCCUGUGUUGAGCAGGUUGACCAGGUUGACCAGGUUGACCAGGUUGACCAGGUUGACCAGGUUGACCAGGUUGAGCAGGUUGACCAGGUUGAGCAGGUUGACCAGGUUGACCAGAUUCAUCAGGUUGACCAUGUUGAUCGCGUUAACCGCGCUGAGUGUGUGGGGGCGUGUAUCUGCGGCGUCAACGUUCUCUGCGUAAACUGCGGUAGCGCUGUCGCCCUUGCCGAAGCUUGCGACAAACGCGGCGGAUCAGCCGGUGGAGCAAUCGAGGCCCCGCGACAUGAUAACCGAGGCGACAGGAAAAGAAGUAAUAAAAAAAAAGGCAUAUCGAAAAGGGCGGACAGGAAAAGUGAGAAAAGGGAAAUUGCGAGCCCCGUGUUGAAGUCGGAAGUGCUACGGUGCCACGGUAGGAAUAGUAUGACAGGAGAAUGGGGGCAAGACGACAACGAUAACGGCAACGAUGAUGAUGACGACGAUGAUGAUGAUGAGGAUGGUAAUGACGACGAUGGGGAACAAUUACCUAUGGAGGAAAUCUCCCCCGUUGAGGAAAGCUACAUCCGGGAAGACCAAAAACUGUGCUACCGCAUUCUGUGUGAUGAACAGCCAUACAAGGCCUUGCUGAUAAAAGAUGAGCUUAAUCUGAGUUCGUCGGAUGAUGGGGAGAGUUACCCCGGUAGGUCGAGCACAUGGGUAAAGGAAAUCACCCCACCGAAUGCGUCGAAUGCGUCAAAUGCGUUGAAUGCAUCGAAGGGUGUAGUGCAGGACGCAGUUACCGCACUGAGCGUAGACUGCGGGGUUGUCAAUUUGGGGAGUUUAGUGAACAUCACGAGCUCGGCCAACCUUGCGAGCGUUGUCUCAGCGGCAGAGUCACACCUCGCUAGCAGCGAGAAUGACAGGGAUGGUAUCACACAGGAGAGACACAGUCGCGUAUAUACCAAGUCGAAAAGGAACAAAGGAAUUUUGUCGUACGCAUCUCAACAUGAGAAAUCAAUCAGUAUCCCCAAAGAUAUCCUGAACAUUACAUCUUUGUUAAGCACCCCCAUUUUAUCAAUGAGUAAUAUAAAGAGCCUAAAUCAGGUGAAUUUUUCCUACGGAUAUAGUAAGACGAAGAAGGAUAUGUACAACUAUUGUUACGCUUACUUAGUCAGCAUACACAAUGGCUAUGAUCUUAUCCCCAUGGAGGGUUAUAAAUUCAGACCCAUCAUAAUUGAUGGUGCAAAUGUAUCUGCCAAGGUUAUCCAUAAGCAUAUUUCAAAUAUGCCAGAUACAGAUAUGUCCAUAAUAUACGAUUGUUUUUUAUUACACGAAGCAUAUGCUUUUUUUAAAAGAAAAAAAGUAGAUGACAUUAUCAUUGUUUUGAACCCUGUGACGAAAAAAGGGGAAGAUUAUUUCUUGGGGAACAAGAAGGUGUGCAAUUAUUCUUAUUUAGAAAACUUAAUAAAGCAGAAUGCCAUACUCAUUUGUAAUGAAAAAUAUUACCAUAGUUACAAGGGUGAUGUCGUGAAACGACGCACGUACGAUGACGUUCUGAUCUUGGAAUUAGCCUCGCACAGAAAUGGCUGCGUCAUCUCCAACGACAACUACACGGACAUAGAGGCAGACACGGCAUGCGAGGAAAUAAAACAUGUUAUAUCGCACUACGUUGUUAAGCAUCAUUACGACAAGCAAAAUGGAUUCGGCUUGGACAUGACGAAGAAGCCUUUGAAAUUUCUCUUAAAUUCUCUCUUCCAGAAAAUUAAUUAA